GGCAAUGAGAGCAGUGACCCCACCUGCUCCCUGGCAGUGAAUCCCAUCCCUGAGCAGGGCAGGGGCCCAGGGAUGUGCUGUCUGUACUACACUGUGCUGCAGAGAGGCUCUCCAAGCGUGGGCGAUAUGUUAACGCCUGAGCUCUAUGUUGGCUGUCCCUGCUUAUAAGCUGUAUGCAUCUACACAAACUCAUCCACAGCAGUCCCAUCCCUGUGCCCACAGCCAUCGACUUGUGUUUUGCUGUAUCGCUAGAGCAUGAUAACACAGAGUGUGCUAUUAGACCACGGUUGGGCUGCUUCUGUGUCUUUCCCUGCUGUUCCCUUAUCUAAACAGCCUCCAUGCCUGUGUUUGCCUUGUAAGCUAAGAUGGUUUCUAAGAGCUCGGUGACUGGUGGAGGCUCUGGUUGUGCACGUGGAUCAGAAAGAGCCCUAAAUAAAUACAUACAAGGGAGAUAAGAAGUGAGGAAAGAGAAAGGAAGCAGAUACUUUCCUGUGGACACCUUUCCUCCAGGCAGCAAAGCUCUAGCUAAUUAAUUAUGUUGGGAUGUGGGGAUCUAUGAAUAGAGAGAAGCUUUUACUCUUAAAGCUAAAGACACAAAUGCAUGGACUGCUGCCAUGUGGGAAUCUCCCUGAUGAUUUUGGGGGCAGGAGGCUGUAACUGACCCAGCACUGGGGAGGACCAGCACCUCACCUGCAGCUAUUGCUGGCUGGCUUGGCUGCUCCUGCUGGAGGGAACACAGGUCCUGAGCAGUUCUGCGGCAACCAAGUUCAGCACAACUGCUACAGCCGCCAACAGCGAUGGCAGGUAGAACUGUGGAUGGAUGCCAUCUUCAAGUUUCCUUGGCCCACAAGGAAGCUGGGGCUGCUGUGGGCAGGAGGUCCUUCAGGACAGCCCUGAGGCUGCAAACACACAAUAGUUCCCCCAGUUCUGCUGCUUCCCACAGCUGGAAGUAUGUGCCCAAGGUUCAGCAGUCAUAGAAAGGAGUUUCUGUGUCAGACAGGAGGCAGGUCCUGGAAGUCACUCUGUGGGAUUCUUACUCCCUAUUUGCUUGCCUCUUUCACAUAGCAGGACAACUUACAUUCUAGGAAAAUGCAUACGGAUAUUUUUCUACCCAGAAUUGGAGGCUCUCACCCUUUCCUCUCCUUGAAGACUAACCAAAAUGCCACCUUAUUUCCCUGUGCUUUAGUCCUUCUGAUCAUCUCCAAGCAGCUCAGCAAUUAGUCACUGAAAACUUUCUACUUCCACAACCUACCUGAGGCAGCUAAGUGAGUGGCUCAGCUAUGCAGGCAGCACUGUCCUGCCCUGCUGCGGGGACGAAGGGCAGCUGCUGUGCUGCUGGAAGGCAAGCAGGCUGCAGGCUCACCUGCAGAGCUGGGUUGCCAGGAAGGCAACAUAAGGGACACAUUUUGGGGUUCUACCUGCUCCCCAAUGUUUGGGCAAGCAGAGUGUGAUUGCAGCUGUAUGGACCAUCCUGUGUCUGAUAGCUGAGUGAUGCAGAAAAUUGAUGGGCAGGUUGCAGCUGGUCUCCAGUGUACUGCUGACCCUGGGUCUUCACAUGGAUGAGUGAGGAGUGUGGUGCAAGCUCAGCGCCUUGUGUCAUUUUUUCUUCUUAGCAAAGCAAUCAGGUGCUUGGCAGGAGGAGGAGGAAUUAAGAUACUUAAAUCUGGAGACCUUUAGAGGUGACAGCCAUAAGGUCCUUAGCCUGCAUUGCAGAUAGUUUGGCCCAAAAGUUUUUGUGGCUGCCCAGGAGGAGAGGGCUGUUGGUCUUGCAGCGGUGUUGGGAUGGUUCUGGUUCCUUGUCCUGCUGACUAACAUGCUGAGGCUGUAUUCAGGCUCCUGAGAGUGUUGGCAGCCCUCCUGUUGGGCUGCACUCUGGUUUAGACCUGAGUGCUGGCAGAGAGGUGGGAAGCUAGGAAGAUGUGGAUGAGGGAAGGUGGAGAUCAAGGCCAGAGAGCUGUCAGACAGCUGCUGGGUCUGUUCUGCUCUGUGUGGAUCCAGAUGUGUUUCUGCUGGCACAUGGCCUUCUGAACACAAAUGCUUAUGAUGAGCUGAAAAGACAUCCUCACUUGUCCCCAGCUCAGAUUAUCUAAUUUUAGUUUCUGUUCAUUCUCUCGGGGUCUGGUUGCACAUACGCCCUGUGCUCAAGGUAUGUACGUCACCUUGAACAGCCUGGGAUUAUUGUUAGGGAACAAGUCGAGGGUUCUGGAAGGCACCAGUCCACUUGGAUGUGGUGGGAGGCUGGGGUCUGGGUCCUGCUGCCUCCAAGGAUGGCUGUUGGGAGCAGCAGAGCUGACGUUUCCAUGGAGGUGCGGCUGCAAGAUGAGGUGCUGGGUUUGCCGAGCAAACAGAAGCCUCGAGAUAAGCUCGGUGGAGACCUCUAGCAUGGAAAUGCUGCAAGGAAAGCCGGCGAGAGGGAAGAGGGGGAGAGGCCGAUCUCCUCCUCCUCCUCCUCCUUCUCCUCCUCCUCCUCCCCGCCCAGCCGCCCUCAGCCUCCCCUCCCGGAGUGCGGGCAUCUGGCUCCCGAUUCGCACUGCUGCGGGCCGGCCUUACUGCGGGCAGCUCGGCGGCUUCGGGAAAAGCACACGAGAUGUUUAUGCAAGAGCCCAGAAAAGAUGUGAUCUGCACCAGAGAGCUGCCCCAACCCCGCUGCGAUGGCAGCUGAGGGUCUCUGCGUGGUUAAAGCGAUGCCCAGUGCCUGGCCCUCGUGUGCAGCAGCGGAGGAGGAAAAUAACACAAGGAAUAAGAGAGAAAUGUUGGGUGGUUCCAUUUGUCACUCAAUGUAGUCGAUCCUGCGUGACUCUGUACCGGCUGCAUGCCAACAAGUGAGAGCUCCCACCGCCUGCUUUAGCGGGCCAGCGCCGUGCGCUCCCGCAACACCAUGCAGUCCUGCCCUCCUCUGAAGAAAUGAGGUCUGCCGAGCU